AAACGUCAAAAUCAGCUGUUGCGGCCAUCAGCUGUGCGCUUAAAAACAAACGGCAACUGUUGUCAGUGUUUGUGGGAUUGCGUUUCGGCAGAAAAUUAUUUUAUAUUCAUAAAAUAAAAUGCCGACUCUGAGAUUGCGACUUCCGUCGAACCGGACACUGAGCAACAUUUGCGUCUAUGGCGCCGUUUUCUCCAUCUCCGCUGUAAUGUAUAUGCGAUGGAAGCUGGAGGAUCGUGUUCGUAACACCGAAUACUAUAAGCUGGCUAUGCAAACUCUGCGGCGGCAUAAGGGGGCCGUCGGACUGCUCGGGGAGCCAAUAAGAGAAUCGGGAUUUGACUUGUCUGAUGCAAACAAUACCUGCGAUGCCCAGAAUGCGAAGUUUGAAGUAAAGGUGCACGGCACCAAGGAUAAAGGCACUGUUUUCUUUUGGGCCACAAAUAACAAGGAAAAGGGCUGGCUGAUCGACCGAUUGGAGCUGGAAACGAAACAACAGCCCAACAAACGUUUCUUGCUUAAAAAAUCCACAGAUUUUACGGUACCCAAGAAUUUGGAUCAGGAGUCGGUAAAAGGCGCAUAUGCAGCGAAAACAAAAACAAAUUCUAGGCAAGCGCCAUAUGAGAAGGACUAUCCCCAACCACAUUACCCGCAACCAGACUAUGACCGGUCCGGAUACCAACAGCCCGCAGAGGAAUACGCACAACACCCAGCAUAUGUGCCGCUGCAGCAAAAUGAACCAGCCCCGUAUAUUGAGACUGCGGAUGGCGGUCGUAUGCUAUAGAUUUAAUACCUACAACUCUGAUUCGGCUAUAUGUAUCAAAAUUUCAACUGAAUAAACAAUUGUUUGGAAAAUUUUUAA